AUGGAUGGAGCAAAUCACUCUACAGUGUCAGAAUUUGUUUUCCUGGGACUCACCAAUUCCUGGGAGAUCCAACUUCUCCUCUUUGUGUUCUCCUCCAUGCUUUAUGUGGCAAGUAUGAUGGGAAACUCCUUCAUUAUGCUCACUGUGAUUUAUGACCAUCAUUUACAUACGCCCAUGUACUUUCUGUUGGCCAACCUCUCCUUCAUUGACCUGGGAGUUUCUUCCGUCACUUCUCCCAAGAUGAUUUAUGACCUUUUCAGAAAACAUAAAGUCAUCUCCUUUAAUGGCUGCAUUAUUCAAAUAUUCUUCAUCCACAUCAUUGGUGGUGUGGAGAUGGUGCUACUCAUCGCCAUGGCCUUUGACAGAUAUGUGGCCAUAUGUAAGCCCCUCCACUACCUGACCAUCAUGAACCCAAGGAUGUGCAUCUUCUUUGUAGUGGCUGCCUGGAUGGUUGGCCUUAUCCAUUCCAUGGCUCAGUUGGCUUUUGUGGUAAACUUACCUUUCUGUGGCCCCAAUGUGCUGGACAGCUUCUACUGUGACCUUCCUCGGUUCAUCAAACUUGCCUGCACAGAUACCUACAGACUAGAGCUCAUGGUCACAACAAACAGUGGAUUUAUCUCUGUUGGCUCCUUCAUCAUACUGCUCAUUUCUUAUGUGGUCAUCAUUCUCACUGUUCAGAAACACUCUUCAGGUGGUUCAUCCAAGGCUCUGUCCACACUUUCAGCUCACAUCACGGUGGUAGUCUUGUUCUUUGGUCCACUGAUAUUUUUCUAUGCAUGGCCAUCUCCCUCCAUACACCUAGAUAAGUUUCUGGCCAUCUUUGAUGCUGUUCUCACUCCUUUCCUUAACCCUAUCAUUUACACAUUCAGGAAUCAAGAAAUGAAGGUGGCAAUGAAGAGAGUAUGCAGUGAGUUAGUGAAUUUCCAUAAGAUCUCUAAGUGA